AUGUCUUUCUGGCCGUUUGGGCAGAACGAGAACUCUAAUAUCAACCGCUUUCUGGAGGAGUACUUCCAAGUUCUUCAUGCGCUCGAAAAGCGUGAUGAGAUCCGAGCUGACUCGCGGCUAACAGGGGAUGUGGCAGCUCAAGAUGAAAUAGCAGCAACAGAUACAGAUGACACCAUUGGGAACCCACACCACUCAGAGGAUGAAACCAGCAUCGCCGGCUCAUAUGGUUCGGCAACGCAUACCACGAGCCGUACCCUAAGUCUGACACAGCUGAGCAGCGCGUACAUCGACAACAUCCUCAGCGAAUCAGAGCUCCUGAACGAACUUACGCGCCAGAACAACACGCUUUUGGACUUUUUAUGUUUCGGCUACUUUUUCACGCCGGAUCAUGUCAAAGUUCAAAACAUCGAGUAUCUUAUCGACCAGCUCAUGGCUUGUGUCGAACACAUCCAAGAUGGUCGCGGCGGAAGUAGUAGGAUGAGCAACUCCAGCAGUCGCGGUAAUGACAGUGAUAGUGAUAGUGACGAUGAUGACGAAGAUAACGAAGAUAACGACGUAGAUGACGAGGACACAAUUUCUACUGUGAAACCGAGAGCAUCGCCUCUCAAUAAAGCUACCAUUAUCUCCGAGAUCUUCGCGCUCGAUAUAUGGCUCAUCUCAGAGUCGCUGGUUAAAAACACUGGAUACCUUAACAAAAUUUGGUCCAUAAUGUACCGUCCAAACUUUGCAUCCGAAAAAUCCGCUUUGGUUCCCAUUUUCCUCAAGAUUAACCAGAACUUGCUCGCGACGCGUCAGGAUCAGUACCUCAACUUCAUUCGGACCAAAGCUACACUGGUAGACGACCUAUUGCAGCACAUCGAAAUAUCGGUGCUAAUGGACUUUCUGCUCAAAAUUAUUUCAACUGACAAGCAGGAAUCUCCUUCGGGGAUCAUAGAAUUGGUUCGUGAACAGCAGCUAUUAAACCGUUUGCUCAGUUAUCUCGAUAACGAAAAAUAUGAACCUGACAUCCAGGCAUGCGCAGGCGACCUUCUUAAAGCUAUAAUAACAAUCUCAGCAAACGCGCCCUUAGAUGACAUGUCAAUUGGGCCCAACUCUUUGACUCGUCAACUUGCUUCAGAAGAAUGUAUGUCAUUUCUACUUGAGACCAUCAUCAAUAAAAGAGGCAACGCUUUGAUAAAUGCCGUUUCUAUCGUGAUAGAGCUGAUACGAAAGAACAACUCUGAUUAUGAUCAGGUUAAUCUACUAUCUACGACUCUAGAGGCUAACCCGCCGUCCAUGAGAGACCCUAUCUAUCUCGGGACCAUGCUGAGGCUGUUCACGCAGAAGUUACCAUCAAUUUUUCAAAUUCUCACUGACGUCGAGACCGAUAGUACUAUCAAAUUACUUGAAAAUCAAAUGGGUGAAAAGUUUAAGCCUCUAGAAUUUGAACGUUUCAAAGUCGUGGAGUUGAUAGCAGAACUUCUCCAUUGUUCGAAUAUGGGUCUUCUAAACUCGAAAAAAGCCGAGCGCAUAGUGAAUGACCGGAAUAAAGCCAGAGGAACAAUGACGAUGCAGCUUCAGGACGCUUUAGUCGACCUCGAAUUACAUGACAACGUUACAAAUACUGACCCUGUCAUGGAUAGCGACCCUGCUUACAUCGAGGAUGUUGACGAGUCCUUCGAUAUCCCUUAUGUUAAUUCAAAACAGAAUACAAAGCUCAGAGAUAACCCCACAGUGGGUGAUUUGUUCAAGAUAAAAGUAUAUGAUCACCAAAUUCUGCCAAAAAUUGUUCAUCUCUUCCUGCAAUACCCUUGGAAUAACUUUUGGCAUAAUGUGGUCUUCGACAUUGUGCAACAGAUUUUCAACGGAAGAAUGGACUUUUCAUACAAUUCAUUUUUGGUUUACUCUCUUUUCAACAAUAAAUCUGCUAGUGAAUACAUGGAAGAUGCAUCGAAGUCAUUUGCACGCGACUUCCAGAUCACUCGCGACCUUGUUUUAGAGGGCUACAGAAAAUCAUAUGCUUUUUACGAGAAACACUAUACAGCUCUCGGAUUUAUGGGGCACUUGGUGCUCAUUGCAGAAGAGAUUGUUAAGUUUUCAAAAGUUUACAAAGUUGAACUUAUAUCUCCUGACAUACAAGCUGCACUUCAGGCUGAAGACUGGGUGUUUUAUUCCGAAGAUGUUUUGAACGACACAAGGAUCAUGUACUCGAAAAUUCUUGGAGGCAAUGAUUAUCUGGAUGAAAAUAACAAUUAUGAUACUGAUGGAACUAAUGGUGACGAUGACACGAAUUCAGCGGCCGAAUCUCAACUUGGUGGAAACUUAAUAAACGUGACUGAGUUGAAUCAGGGUCAAAAUUCUACUCUUUCUAAUUUUUCUACGCAAAGCGACUUGCAUUUGAAGCUAAAGAAAAAGUUGAUAGACCAAGCCCAGGGAGAAGUAGACCGCCAAAAUGAAAAGAAGGGCGUAAUCAUAUUAGGCAUGGCACCUGAAGCUGAGUUUGACAAGGCUUCUGAAAAACAAUGA